AAUUUUCAGUUCAGUUCCAACAAUCGGAGUGUAAGGCAGCAAACCAAACGCAGCAAGCAGCAGGCAACGGCAUUCGGUAGUAGGCGAGAGCAGAAGUAUACGGCAAAGAGCCAGCAACCAACUGUUUCUAAAACUGUUGAAAUAGAAUCAAGAAAAUAGCUACAAAAGAAAACAAAAACAAACAAUUGCCUGCGCAUGCGCUGCUCUCCAACAUUUUGAACACAGCAAAAAGUGUUUUCUGUCAAACAGCUGCCGCAUAAAAGUUUCGAAAACAAUUUCCCAAAAAAAAAAAUAAAGAGAAAUAGAGACAAUAUUGUGAAUCGCGUGUGUUAGUUACGUGUGUUUACAGUGUGCAUUUUACACCAAAAAAUACUUGUGUGUGUGUGUGACUGUGACAAAUAUUAUUUUCAUUCAGUUCAAAAAUCCUUUUCGCGCGUGCAUUUUGCUAUCGCAUUUUGUUGUUUGUGGCGUCUCGCGCGUUUUGUUUUUUGCCUUUUGCCGCCUUUUGCAACGUUGUUGUAACAGGCGUUAAAUACUAGUAAUUAAAAGCUGUUCUAUAUCAGAGGCGUGUGUCGACGUGCAAAUUACAUAAUUUGCUUUUGAGUAAUUUGCGUUCUCAGGCGUCGUCAAGUUCAAGUUUUCAACGGGCGACAUGUCGAACACGGAGAAACGAGGUUUUCACAGAGUGCGAAACAUGCUCUCAUGUCGCCAAGUACUCAAUCUGCUGACCAUGCUCGGUUUCAUGUUGAACUAUGCACUGAGAGUAAAUCUGACGAUUGCCAUUGUGGACAUGGUCGUGCCCACUGCAACAAACACAACUGCCAGUGGCAACAAUACGCUGACGGGGAAUCUCACGGACACCAGCAGCUUAGCCAGCAGCAACAUUAACAUCAACAACACAUCCACCGAUGGAGUGGAAGUGCUUGAGGAGCGCUUCAACUGGGAUGAAUAUCAGACCAACUUUGUGCUGGGUUCCUUCUUUUGGGGCUAUGUGCUCACCGAGUUGCCUGGCGGUCGUCUCGCUGAAUUGAUUGGUGGAGUUCGCGUCUUUGGACAUUCCAUGCUGUGGGCCAGCUUGCUGACAUUGGUGACGCCGCUGGCGGCGCAUCUGAACUACGUGGCAUUGAUUGUGGUCCGUGUGGCACUUGGCUUCAUGUUGGGCGCCACCUGGCCAGCCAUUCAUCCCGUUGCCGCUGUCUGGAUUCCACCAAUGGAUCGCUCCAAGUUCAUGUCCAACAUGAUGGCUUCUUCGCUGGGUGCUGCCAUCACAAUGCCCGUUUGUGGCUAUCUCAUCUCGGUUGCCGGCUGGGCUAGUGUCUUCUAUUUGACUGGUGGCAUUGGACUGUUGUGGUCGCUGUGCUGGUUCUCGUUUGUCUAUGAAACUCCAGCCACCCAUCCACGCAUUUCCGCCGAGGAGCGUCGUGAAAUUGAGGAGGCCAUUGGCACAUCCACAUCGAAGAAGCGUCCCAGCUAUGUGCCUUGGUCUGACCUGCUCUGUUCGCCUGCCGUUUGGGCCAUCAUCGUCACACACGGUCUGUCGGUGUUUGGCUUCUUCACGGUCAUCAAUCAGCUGCCCACGUUCAUGUCCAAGAUGCUGCACUUUGACAUCAAGAAGAAUGGUUUGUUCUCGUCGUUGCCUUAUCUGGGCAAGUAUGUGAUGGCUGUAGCUUCCUCCUAUCUGGCCGAUCAUCUGCGUCACAAGGGCACUCUGAGCACCACAGCAACCCGCAAACUCUUCACCAGUUUCGCUUUGGUUACGCCUGGUCUGCUGAUGACUGCUCAAGUGUUUCUGGGCAUGGAUCCCACCUGGUCGGUGACGCUCUUUACGCUGGCCUUGUUCGCACAUGGCGCUGUCACUGCCGGCUACCUGGGCAAUGGUCUGGACAUUGCACCCAACUUUAGUGGCACCAUCUUUGGCAUGGCCAAUUCGCUGUCCUCGUUUGGCGGCUUCUUGUCCACCUGGAUGGUCGGUGUCUUGACCUUUCACAACCAAACGUUCCAUCAAUGGCAGAUUGUCUUCUCGAUUCUUGCGGCCACCUACAUAUCGGCUGCCGUUGUCUUUGUGGUUCUUGGCACCGGUGAACUGCAGGCGUGGAACAAUCCGCCAGAGCGCAAGAAGAUCGGCGAUGUCGCACAGGAGGAGGGCAUGCCUCUCAAGACUGAGAAAUAAUUUUGGCGUUCAUUGCGGAAGUUUCAAAACUCAAUUCAAUAUUAGUUGACAACAGACAAAAAACCCACCACAUCCGCACAAGUUAUAUUAGUUUCUAUUGCACAUUUUGAGAUUUUUUUUUUAAAGUACCGGCUCUAACUCUGAUACUUUAAAUAAUAUUUCCAUUUCAUUCGUAAAAACUUGCAACACACACACAUACAUACAUAAUAGAAGACAUUAGUUUUAGCAAAAGUUGUAAAGUUUCUACAUCUGUAUACCCACUAAUGAUGAACGACUAUUUAGCCUUGGAUAAGUAAUAUUUACUUUAUGAAUGCUUAAUUCUAAAAGUGUGGCCAUGUAGCAAGUUAUUUUAUGCUAUCGAGAGCCGCCUUUAUAAUAUAUUAAUAAUUUUAUGUA